AUGCAUACCGCAUCUCGCGCUCUUUCUACUGGUUCGAACGCUGUUCCAGCCUAUCUCUCGCAUUCAGAUCCCCGAUACUCUUCAGAAAUAUGUGCGAAGCUAGUUACUACCAAACGUGGUCGUAAAGAGGCCAUUCUACUAGGCCUCAACAAACCCAUUACCAUAGGAAGAAAUCCCACGUUGUGUUCAUACCUUGUUGCUGACAGAUCUGUUUCCGGAAUUCAUUGCAAGAUAUAUGCCGUCAGAUCUCCAAACGGAGGUGUUAUUGUAUCCUGCCGCGACCUUUCCAAGAACGGGAUCAUCCUCAAUGCCCACAGAAUCAAGAAAACCUUUGCUAUAUUGAUGGAUGGGGAUACGAUCCAAAUUCCUGACUCCCUCACCUUCACCUGCGUGCAUAUCUGGAAAGAGCCCGUUCAAAAAGCGAACAUUUUUGAUCCUACGCCUCCACCCCACCUCGCUCAAAAAAUCAGUCUUAAACGAAUAGGCAAUUACACUCUCACUUCGCAAUGUCUCGGAACAGGCUCGUUUGCGACGGUCCACCUUGCGAUAGAUACUGUUCAUCACUGCCAGGUCGCAUGUAAGAGCAUCCGAACGAGAAAGGAACAUGAGCUCGACCAAGUUUCGAAGGAGGUUGCAAUUCUUCUAGACUUGAAUCAUCCCAACAUCAAUCGAAUAUAUGACACCAGGAGGGAUGGAAAUUUCAUACAUCUCUUUCUUCAACUCUGCACCGGCGGUGAUCUAUUCACAUAUGUCAACAGUUACACGGAAAAGGGUGCAUACAUGUGCGAAGCAGAAGCAAAGUACAUCAUGUAUCAAUUGCUGAAAGGCCUUUCAUAUCUCCACGAUAAAUCGAUCUCCCAUCGAGAUUUGAAGCCGGAAAACAUUCUUCUUCACUCGCCUGGACCCUACCCUCGUAUCCAAAUUGCCGACUUUGGACUCGCACGACCGAAGUCGUACCAAGCUACGUUCAAUGUCUGUGGGACGGUUUCAUAUCUCCCUCCCGAGGGUAUCCUUGCUCUGGAUCAAAAGCAUCUCACAUAUGUUGGACUUCCAGCGGACUGCUGGAGUGCGGGGGUGACGCUGUACAUCAUGCUUUCUGGGUCGCACCCAUUUGAUUACGGGACGGCUCGUCAAUCGGCAAAUUGGAUCAAUCCAUCCGCGUCUCAGCGAGGUUCAAGCAACUCACAAGUUUCAGAGAUGGAUAUUCAGCAUGAAGUCGAGCUUAAGGAACGUAUCAUCAAAGGGGGCGUAGAAUUUCAACCGAGAUUGUGGCGUUCUAUGGUCGAAGCUCAGGGACUGGUGUUACAUCUCUUACAGCACGAUCCUCGGCAUCGGGCAACAAUUGCUGAUGCUCUGCGAAGUAAAUGGAUUGCUUCUGAAAUUGAUCUGCUCGAAGGAGCCUAUCGUGACAGAAUUAUGUAUACACUUGAACCUGCUGAAGUUGCUUGA